CACACCGCACACAGGGGACCCUAUAUAAGUCGUGCAGCUGUCAGGUGGAGGACACUGGCUGCUUUGCGCUGGGAGACGACUCGCUUUAGGGGAUUACAGCUCUAGAUACACACACAUUCAAACUCUUAACAAUGUCUUGGGGAUACGCAGCGAACAACGGACCCGACAAAUGGGCUGAUAACUUCCCUAUUGCCAAUGGACCCCGUCAGUCUCCCAUUGACAUCGUACCUGGUGAAGCAUCAUACGACGCGGGGCUGAAGGCGCUCAACCUCAAGUACGACCCCUCCACCUGCCUUGAUAUCCUCAACAACGGACAUUCCUUCCAAGUGACCUUCGUAGAUGACAACGACAGCUCAACUCUGACAGACGGACCAAUCUCAGGGAUCUACAGGCUGAAGCAGUUUCAUUUCCACUGGGGGGCUUCUGACGACAAGGGCUCUGAGCACACUGUGGCCGGGACCAAGUAUCCUGCUGAGCUCCACCUGGUGCACUGGAACACCAAAUACGCAAGCUUCGGAGAAGCCGCGAGCCAGCCCGACGGACUCGCCGUUGUUGGAGUUUUCCUGCAGAUUGGUGCUGAAAAUGCAAAUCUCCAGAAGGUUCUUGAUGCUUUUGAUGUCAUCAAGGCCAAAGGCAAGCAGACCUCUUUCGCUGACUUCGACCCCGCCACUCUGCUCCCCGGUUGCCUAGACUACUGGACGUACGACGGCUCCCUGACCACACCCCCUCUGCUGGAGAGCGUUACCUGGAUUGUCUGCAAAGAGCCAGUCAGCGUCAGCGCUGAGCAGAUGGCGAAAUUCCGCAGCCUGCUCUUCUCUGCUGAGGGGGAGGCCGAGUGCUGCAUGGUGGACAACUACCGCCCUCCCCAGCCGCUCAAGGGUCGCGCUGUCCGUGCUUCCUUCAAGUAAUGCCCCCUCCCCCUCAGUCGCCCCUUUAUGCCCUGUUGCCCUCUCCCUCCCUCCCCAGCCCCCCCCCUUUAGUCAGACACCCAGAGUUACCUCUCUUGCAGUGAGCCACAAAAGCACACAUAUCUCUCUCCGUCCAAUUUUAAAAGAAAUGAAAUUCCUGUGGCCCUGUUGCUCUCAGUCUAACAGUGAGAUGAAGCAUUUGCAGGAUGUGCAUCUCUGUUUCUGUGUGUGUAACAAGGCAGCGAAAAUACCCUGUCAUAAUUUAUUUUAUAAGGCAAACACUUCACGGUGGAGGCGAAACGUUUACCAGGAUUUUGCAUCUGGUGCCAAUGUUUUUAUACAGACAUUACACCAGCGUGUGUGUGUGUGUACAUCCAACAAACGCCACAGAGAUGAAAAAUAAAAGACAAAUUACAGUCAAAAUGGUGCUCUGGAGCCAGCAAGUCGCAGGAAGCACAAGCUCGUUGCAGUAGCCAGGGGGAGGAUGAAACUAUACCACCAUCUGUGAGGAGGAUGGUAAGGUGCAGAUAAAAAAACACACACACACACACACACACACAGACACAUACAGUCCUGCUGCCAGUCUGUCUGUAAUCUCUGAAUGACUGCCAGCCUCUGCAUCACAGCAGCUUAAUGAAACGCUGCAGCCGCCUCCAUCACAACCGAUUGACUCAGAAAAUCCCCCUCUGGCACACACAACAUUGCACGCGCAGUCUCACGCAGACAUGAUGCCUAUAGGCACUGACCUGCUUAUUGAUUUGAAUUCAACAUACAGCAACAAAGGACAUGAGGAAAGACUGCUGUUAGUGCAAGCUACUGAACAUCAUGACAACGGCUUAUUUCUCUGGUUUUACAGUCUAAUCUUCAAAUCAUCCCAUGUUGUGUUUUUAUUGUUAUUAUUAUAGAUUAUGUCUUUUUUUUUUUUUUUAGUCUGACAGCUUAUGCAAAAUAAGUCUUAAGUGAUUCCUAAAUUAUGUUUUCUUACCCAAAGCUCUUUGCAUUUUCUGAUGCCCUGAUGAUAUAGCAAUAGAUGAAAUGAAAAUCCCUUCAUGUCUUGUUUUGAAACCUCAGUGUGUCAAGUGCUAAUGCUUAAAACGCACAGUCGCCUUCUGGGCAAUGCCAUAGUGGCUAAUGCACAAAGCCAAGGAAGAAUAAAUUACCUUGCCAAGGCAGCUGAGGAAGAAGAGAAGCUGCCAACAGAUAAGAUUAUAGUGUCAGCCUGGUGUCAGGCCCUGUAUAGGAGAAUAAUUAAUGAAAGACCAUGUGAGCUCCCCUUCAGCUUUGGGACCUCAGGGUUUAGCCCUGUAUGCAUUUCUGAAACAUUAAAGAUAAAGAAUUAUGUGUUUUUUUUUCCAGAAAGAUCGUAAUUAGCAUUAAAAAAGAAAAAAAAAGCCUUAUGCCAAUCACUGUUAGCACCAUCCCUGGAGUAUGUGUUGUCAUUCUAUUUUGGAAGUGGAUGUUUUACUAGUUAAAUAAAUAUAUUUUAUGACUAAA